GGUAACUCGGAUGGCCUGUAGUAAUGACUUGGUCAAUUCUCCAUAUCGUGAAGUCAAUCGAGAGCACCAUUUCUUCGGUUCUUCACGACACUGCUUCGCAUCUCGUUGCCGCCUUCAAUUAUCCAGCUGCAUGAGCCGUAUCGGGCGAAUCUUUCUCGAAUUAUCUCUCUAUCCUCGGCCAUCGUUAAUAAAUACUCCGUGAUGAUCUUAGAUGUUCGAAUGAGCCAAAAAUAGUUUUUUUUCGAUUGGUAUGUCUGAAUUUUGUAAUUUAGUGGUUGAGUAAUCAAGGGUCCUCUGUUGUUCUCCAAGCAUUAAUCUGCAGCCACUGACAUUCUAAUGUUUUGAUAAUUAUAUUCAUCCCUGUGUUUUGACCUUUCUCUUUUAUUGACUUGAACAUUGAAAAACAAAGAACUUCUAAGAUUUGAGCCUCUUAAUUAAUAAAUUCAACUAUAAGUUAGAUAAAGUGAGAGUUGAGGCAAGAUUCUCUGAUCUACUAAAACUUCAGCAGAGUGGGAGGAAAGGAUAUAAAGCUAGCUAGAUCGAUCUUGUAAGGCCGUGAUAUCUGUGUGAAUUAAAGAUUGUUCCAAACUGGUGGUAUGACUUUUUUCGGUUGCUGUUCUGGAACAAUAGCAUCUCCCCCAAGGCAUCAAAUAGACAUUGAAGAAGAAGUUUCAAGCUGUCAGCAUGUUAAGAUAUACAGUUAUAGGGAAUUGCGGAUGGCAACUGAAGACUUUAGCCCCUCAAAUAUGAUUGGGAAAGGAGGGUUUGGAUCUGUGUACAAAGGGCGACUAAGAGAUGGAACUUUGACUGCGGUUAAAGUUCUCUCUGCUGAAUCCAAGCAAGGUGCUAAAGAAUUUUUGACAGAAAUAGUUGUUAUCUCUGGCUUAGAACAUGAAAAUUUGGUGAAAUUGUAUGGUUGUUGCCUUGAAGAGGAUGCUAGGAUGCUAGUAUAUGCCUAUAUGGAAAACAAUAGCCUCGCUCAAACUCUUCUUGAAUAAUAUGCAACACUUUGAACGAUAAUAUGCAAAACAAAUAGCGUAAAGAUGCAUCGUGCGAAUAUUUGCACAAUAUACCUGAUCCGCCCCCUAUGCGCGCGCACACACACAUAUAAACAAGGGUUUCAUUGGUUUAUAGGUUCGAGGCACAACUUCAUUCAGUUUAAUUGGAGGACCCGUGUGAAAAUAUGCAUGGGUGUGGCCCGGGGACUUGCAUUUCUCCAUGAAGAAGCACAACCUCGGAUUGUCCAUAGAGAUAUUAAGGCAAGCAACAUUCUUCUUGACAGCGACCUCAAUCCAAAAAUUGCUGAUUUUGGUCUUGCAAAGCUCUUCCCCAAUGAUGUGACUCAUAUCAGUACCCGUGUUGCCGGCACUCAAGGCUAUUUGGCCCCGGAGUAUGCAAUGCUUUCCCGACUGACCAGGAAAGCGGAUGUUUAUAGUUUUGGCGUUCUCCUUUUAGAAAUUGUCAGUGGGAGAUGCCAUACCAACACACGUCUCCCAGUUAAUGAUCAAUAUCUUCUUGAAAGGGCUUGGAGAUUGUAUCAAAGAGGGGAGGUUGUUCAGGUGGUGGAUGCUUCACUAGGAGAAGACUUCAACCGUGAUGAAGCUUGUAGAUAUGUAAAAAUUGCUCUCUUGUGCACCCAAACGAUGCCGAAGAACCGUCCAUCAAUGUCAACCCUGCUGAAAAUGCUGACUGGGGACGUAGCCAUGGACGACUCGGUCAUUGCGGAACCGGGCUUGUUAACUGAACUAAUGAGUCUUAAGGGUCAAAAGAGAGAGAAAUUAUUUACACCAUCUACUGGGUCCGGAAAUUCCUCUUCGUCAGGGAACAUGAUGAUGGCUACAUCACAGGCUACAAUGACUUUCUCCUCAUUCAAUGGUGUAAGGUGAUUUUUUUACUUGCAUUUCUUUUAUUUGUUUUAAUUGAUGAUGGCGAUGAGUUUAGCUUAGCUGUAGAGUGGGUGGGGUGGGGGGUAUACGGACUUUGUGCUUCUAGCACCCAAUUUUAGUACUUCCAUUUUUUAAACAUAAUUCAUAUAAAUAGAUUGGAUUGAAGUUCAACAUUGUACGGACCUACAAUGUGACCUGACAUUGUUAUAAAUAACUUGCGCG